UCGAACUAAAAUUAUGUUAGACCGUCUACAAUUCUUGUAGUCCAAUCCAAAUAAUUAUCACAACAUUAGCACACAUAAAUAAUGGAGAUAUAAUUCAAAUCUUUGCUUUCCAAUAUGACUGGAAUUUUAUUUGGUCUAUAAACAAAGUAUAUAUAAGAGAAUAUAAAAAUUAAUGUUAUAAGUGACACGUGUCAUCACAAUUUGGCAUAUUUAAACGUCAUUCCACAUGGAAGGAACAUGACAUACUUCACAUCACAACAAAUUAUUUAAAUCGUUGUAAUUAUAUGAUAAAGGCCUAGAUAAACGUUAAUGUUUCUUUUUCUUUUAUCAUAUAUAUAUAUAUAUAUAUAUAUAUUAUUGAACGUAUGUAUGUACAAAUUUAAAAAUGCAGUGGCCGUCAAUAAGUCUUAUACUUUCUGAAGUGUUUUUAGCAUAUAUUGUUUAUUCAAUAUAUACAUUAUCUUUAUUAUUUGUGGUUCCUUCGUGUGAAAAAGGAAAACCAUGCCUAGAGUCUUAUUUAUACAAAAAUCCACAAUUCCAAUUACAUAUUUAUAGUUCCGUAACAGAGAGACCAAUAGAAAGAGAAGUUCAUUUUUUGUAUACGCUGCAAGACUUUAAUUAUACUCAAACGCAAAACAUUUCUCUUUCCAUAGAUCUUCCUCGAAAAACUAAACAAAAUGGAACGCUGUUUCUACAUGUGAUAAUGGUGCCUAUUUUCCAUAAACAAGUAAAAUCCUUUAAAGAAUUGCAAAAGGAUUUACUUAUGGCAUAUACUACUAUAAAACUAACACAAUAUUCAGUACCUGAAGCAGAAGUUUUUAAUUUAUUAGGAGAACGAGAUGUAAGUGAAAGAACAAAAAAAAAAUAUGUGCACCCUGUAACGCAUAUUAAAAGCAAAGUAACAUUUACAAUAAUGACAGAGGAUAUUAAAUUUCCAACAGAUGGUGUACCCAUGGAACUCAUACAUGAUUUAAGGAUAAUAAAUGGUAAUAAAUUUUUACCAAUUAUUAACUAUGACUUUUUACAAACUCGUCAUCGUGAUCUUUUACAAAUAUCACCGCAGAAUAAAACUGUUAAUGUUUUUCUUAUGUAUACUCCAAUAACUCUUGGAAAGUUAAGAUUGAUAUUGCAUGUUGAAGCUGCUAUGCAGAGUUUGAAAAAUCUUGGAUUUUCAGCCAAAGAUAUAGAUGAAGUUAAAGGAAUUUUUGCAGAUACUAACAUAUACUUAUUAGGAAGUACUUUCUUCAUUGCAGCCGUUCAUCUGCUAUUUGAUUUUCUCGCUUUCAAAAAUGAUGUAAGUUUUUGGAGAAGAAAGAAUAAUCUUGCUGGACUUAGCAAAUGGACAGUGAUAUGGAGAGCUUUCAGUCAGACAAUCAUUUUUUUCUAUUUGUUAGAAGAAAAUUCAUCUUUACUUGUGCUCAUCCCAACUGGAAUAGGCACCAUUAUAGAGUUAUGGAAAUUAAAAAAAAUAUUCAGAGUAGAAGUGAUCAGUCAUAAUCGUAUUUUUCCAAGAAUUCAUUUUAAUGAAAAUAAAAUCAAUGCAGCUGAAGCGAAAACAAGAGUAUUUGAUGCUGAAAGUAUGCGCUAUCUAAGCUAUUUAUUAUAUCCACUUGUUAUUGGUGCUGCACUUUAUUCGCUACUUUAUCAACAUCAUAAAAGUUGGUACUCUUGGACGAUACAUUCUCUGGUGAAUGGCGUCUACGCAUUUGGAUUUUUAUUCAUGCUUCCACAACUUUUCAUUAAUUAUAAAUUAAAAUCUGUAGCUCACUUGCCGUGGAGAGCUUUCAUGUACAAAGCAUUUAAUACUUUCAUCGAUGAUAUAUUUGCUUUUAUUAUUACAAUGCCAACUGCUCAUAGAAUAGCAUGCUUCAGAGAUGAUGCAGUUUUUCUUAUUUAUCUUUAUCAGAGAUGGUUGUAUCCCGUUGAUAAAUCGCGCACAGACGCUGAAGUUAUAACAGAAGAAUCUGUAAACGUCUAUAGUUCAACGAAAAAGAUUAAUUAAAAAACGAUCAUCAUAUAUAUUCUAUCAAUCAAUCAAUCAGUCAAUCAGACAAAUAUUCGGACACUAGUAUAACUUCGAACAUUGUGCUUUAUAUAUUAAGUAAAUAUAUAAUAAACAGAAAAAAGGUUUAAUGUUGUUAUAUUGCAGUUUCUUGUUAACAAAAAUACGGAACAUUUUUUAUUUUCUACAUAUAAUUGUUGAAAUAAUUACAAAGAUAUCAAAUUUCAGCUAAUUCUGAAGUCUAACAAAUAUUUGGACGCUAGGCAUAUUUCAGGAGAUUUUAAUUCCUAGAAAAUGAAACAAAUAAUGUUUCUGAACGCACACUGCUGAAAAAACGUUCCGAAAAUUUUGUACAGAAAAUGUAUUACACAAAUCGUCUGUUCAUCCGGUACACAUGCAUUUCAUCAUGUUUCACCGUCAUAGGUAGUAAUAUAUUAUUUUCAGUAUCGAAAUUCAAAAAAAUACAAUAAAAGUAUCUAAUACAUAAACUUGUAUUGAUUUUGGUGAGUAAGUAGGUAGAAAAAAUUGUAAAUAAAGAAAAUGUAAUGCAAAUAAAGCGAGGAUAAUGAUAAACAAGCAUAGAAAACAUUAAAUUAGGUCUAAACAUCUGAUAAGGUAAAGAAAUCUAAAAUUUAUUUAAAAAAAUUUUUUUUUUAAUUUAUGUAUAGAAACAAAAAUAACAAAUAAAAGCAAGAAACGGAAUUUUAAAGCAAUAUAUGAAAAAAAAAAAGAACAGAAAGAAAAAAU